AUGAAUCUUAUCCUCUUCCUCCUCUCUUUCACCCUCGCUGCCUCGCCCAUCCAUCCAUAUGCGGGGGGGCUUCCCAGAGUGCCUCUAUGCCUAGACUCUGCCGUGGAUGACACGUCCAAUAUUCGCGUGACUCGGAGUUUACGCUCAAACCGAGAUGCACGUGCCACUCAGAAUGAUGGUAGAAGCCAUAGCAGCACCGCUGCAACCAGUGGAAACGGCCACGUAAAUCCAAACAGACACAACACCAACCGCCCGUCACGAAUCAUCACUCUCAGUACUCGUGCCGCUCGGGCGAAUACCGCUCAGGAGAAGGCGGCUCGCGAGACUGCGGCCCGUGAAAGUGCGGCCCGAGACACCGCUGCUCGUGAGAAUAUCACUCGCGAGACUCGUAACACUCGGACUCGGGCAAGCGCACAGCUGUCUACUGCCCAACCUGAAGCCCCACUAAUCAAUGUUCCCGAAACUCCUCGGCACAAGCGUGCCAAGCGAGGUCCAAUGGUGGAAGAAACGCCCCGAACGACGAGGCAGUCAGCAAGACUCAGGGCACACGCCCCUGCAUCAUCUACCGAAGAAGCCCUCCACGAUAUGGAGGUCAUACCAAAGCUGCCGGAGCCCAGCCCACCAAGUCAUGCGGCCCCAAGUACCAGGAAGAGAACCCGGAGUCGGCAAUUUGCUGACAGCGUCAUCGAUGCUUCUCACGACGCCACUUUCGCUGCUCCAGUUGCCAGGUCCCCCUCUCCGGAGAGAGUUACUCCUGUACCAGAAGAGAACCCGCAACCACUAGAGGCAGAGCCUCUUCAGAGCCCGGAACCGACGCUCUCACAGCUGACGAAAGAAGAGUCGCCUAAGGGGACCGUUACGGGCGAGGACAAAGAUGGAGUAAGCGAACUAGCUGUCCCAGAGACGAGCGAGCCGCUCAAUCCUAUAACUACUCCGAGUCCAUUGAUAUCUCAAAAGCGAAAUUCACCCGAGCCUGAAGAAACUGGCACAGCUGAGGAGGCUGAGAGAUUUCUCGACUCCCCCAGCAGGAAACCCAAAGUGGAAGAGGGCGAACUGGAUCACGACUUGAAGGAACAGCUGCAAAAUGGUACUGAAAGCAAACCAGAACCGCAGUCUCCCGUGGAGGCCGUGGCCGAUUCCGGGCUUGGUGAUGAAUCUCGCCAGAUAACUGAAGAAAUUGAAGAAUCGACGCCAGACGUUGCCACAGAGUCGACAGUUGGUAAAGCAGCCCGCGGCGGUCGAACUCGGGGCCGUGGCCGUGGCGGUCGCGGCCGCGGCGCAGCGCGUUUCGCAGUGAACAAACGAGGUCGCGGUGCCGCUCGCGGUGGCCGCGGUGGCCGCACUGGUCGACAGCUGGAUCGUUCGAGCGAUGUAGAACCGGAUCGUUCUCCCUCCCCGAGUGCAGCGACCCAGAAGUUACGGGACAGGCAGCGAGAGUUGGACAAGGCGUUCAAGAAAGUGGCUGCUGCUCAGAGACUGGCCCUGGCUGUGCUAGCCACGCAGUCGGAGAAGCGGUUGGCCCGCGAUAAAAAUGCGCACAAGAUUGUGCCGGAGUUUGACGAUAUUAACUUACAACUGAAGGCGAGACUACAUGAGAAGAGAGAGAUUUUGCGCCGGGAAUACGAGCUCAAAGUGGAGCAAGAAAACAGGAUGUUUGAGGCCAGCAAGCAAGCGGUCGAGGAACGAUGCCAGGCCCAAGCUCGUAAUAUCAAGGAAGAGCACUUCUUGGCCAGCCAAGGGGCGUACAUGGCAUUUGUCGAGGGCCGCCGGGCUGCGGAAGAUGACGAGCACACUGAAACCGAUGAUUCUGAAACCGAGCCCGAGCGUGGGCCUGUGGUGCCACCAGCCCGCGAGGUCUUUCGAGGCUUCCACUCCACCUUUGUCAGGAAUCCUGCCGGAGCGGCUGCUUACGAUCGUGCCUACUUCGGUUGGGAUGACUUUGUCCAGCGAGCCAAGGUAGGCGACGACAUCGACCCGCAGAUGAAGGAGAUGCGAGACGCCGGGCCUUUCGCCGGCAUGACCGCCGACCAGAUCAUCGACCUGCUGUUGAAGGCCACCGGCGUCGUGGAAGUACGUCGGCACACGAUCCCAGGGGAGAUCAGCCCGCCCACGAUGCCCGAUGUCCGCCCACGCGCAUUGUCCGCCCUGGCAGACAUUGCAGCUGCGGAGCCUCCGCGGCCGCUUCUCUCCCAGCCCGUCCCCCGACUAUCCCAUCGACCGUUCAUGCUGCCUCCGCCCACCCCACAGAGACAACAGCCCCGGCGGCUUCUUCCUGCGGGACAGCAGAUCCCACCCAUCAACGAGCAACUCGGCCUGCCCGAUCCCUUUGCGGCCAUGGGGGGCCCCCCUCACCUUCCUCCUCCGCCUGGUUCCAACUUCCACCGCCCCCCGCUGCCUGGUUAUCUGACGGGACACCAUGCUCCCAGUCUGUACUAUCCGCAUCCGCCACAUCCGCCGCCCCCGCCUCCUCCUCCAGGGCCUCGGCCCCCCUUCUAG